AUGGCACAGAACAUGUUUGACAAUCUCAAAGACAAACUAGCUAUACAGCUAGAUAAACCCCCAGAAGAUGUUGAGACUCAGAAAGAGAAUAAGAGACAGAACAAUACUACAGCAAAUCCACUAAAUAAGAUCAAGAAUAUUGUAUGCAAACAAGCAGAUAUCUUCUACCAUAAAAUAUUUGAACAGACUUGUUCACAUUUAAAAUACAAAGACAUGACAGACUUAGAAUUAGAUGAUGACAUUAUGAAAAAGAUCCAUACACUACUUGCCAUUAAGCUUGAACAUAUGAAUCUUGACAAUUCACUCUUGACAGAUCUCAGCAGCUUGCCAUCUUCAGAUAAAACAGACAACAAUAACAAGAAAAAUGAGGCACCAGAAGAUGGAACAGAAAAUAGCAACAAGGAAAUUAAGAAAUCAGAUACUAAUAGUCAGAAGUAUAAAACUUCACUUCACAUAUAG